UCGCGGGGGAGGCUGCCUUGACCUCUGCCAUCGGGAAUGUGGGGAGCUACGGGAAUGCGUCCCGUAGCUCGUGGAUUAACACGGCUUCCAGGCGCGGUGUUGCUGGAAGGGUCCGCGCAGCCCCGGGGAAAGGAAGGUAGCUGUGCCCCGGAGGUGAGGUUCCCCCUAAAGGACUCAAAACGUCUGAUGCAGUGGUUGAAAGCUGUGCAGAGGGAUAACUGGACCCCCACUAAGUACUCCUUCCUCUGCAGUGAACAUUUCACCAAAGACAGCUUCUCCAAAAGGCUGGAGGACCAGCACCGUCUGCUCAAGCCCACGGCUGUGCCUUCCAUCUUCCACCUGCCCGAGAAGAAGAGGGGUGCUGGCAGCCACAGCCGCACCAGGAGGAGGGGUACCAGAAAGGCCUCCGGGGGCCUGCGGGGACGUUCGAGUGAGACCGAUGGAAAAGGUGCCGCAGGCUCAUCCUCCAGCGAGAACCUGACGGCCAAGCCCGAGUCCUGCAAGCCGAAGCGGGCCACGCCAAAGGGCGAAACCGCCCCCCGGGCCACCCACAAAGCCGCGCUUCAGGAGCGGGCCCAGCGGUCUCCGCAGGGACCUCCAGGUGAUGCCCUGGCCGCCGCCGCAUCCGGCAGCCGGGCAGUGGCCAGCACGCCUGCCGGAGAUGCCGGCAGAGAGAGCGGCGGCGCCCCCGACGGGGGCCUGGUGGACAAGAGCGGCAUUUCCAAGGACGACUUUUCGCCCCCCGGGUCCGGGGCCUGCAGGUUUAUCGGCUCACUCCAUUCCUACAGUUUCUCCUCCAGGCACACGAGAGAGAGGCCGUCGGUCCCCCGCGAGCCCGUGGACCGGAAGAGGCUGAAGAGAGACGUGGAGCCCGGCUGCAGCGGGACCAGCCUGCGGCCCGACAAGGGCCUCGCUCAGAGUCCCCCGACUUCGUCCCUGACCGCGACGCCUCAGAAGCCCUCCCAGAGCCCCUCCGCGCCUCCGACAGACGUCACCCCAAAGCCAGCUGCAGAGGCCGUGCAGAGCGAGCACAGCGAUGCCAGCCCCAUGUCGAUCAACGAGGUCAUCCUGUCGGCGUCGGGGGCCUGCAGGCUCAUCGACUCACUGCACUCCUACUGCUCGUCGUCCCGGCAGAGCCGGAGCCAGGUGUGCUGCCUGCGCGGGCAGGUGGAGAAGAAGAAGGGCGAGCUGAGGAGCCUGCGCCAGAGGGUCAGCCGCUCCGACGGCCAGGUGCGCAAGCUGCAGGAGAAGCUGGACGAGCUGCAGAGAGGGAGCGCGCCCCGUGCCAGCAGCCUGCCGGCCCCCAGCCGCGAACCCCCCAAGAUGAGCCCAGUGGUGGAGCCGCUGUCCUGGAUGCUGGGCACCUGGCUGUCAGACCCGCCGGGAGCCGGCACCUUCCCGACGCUGCAGCCCUUCCAGUACCUGGAGGAGGUGCACAUCUCGCACGUGGGCCAGCCCGUGCUCAACUUCUCGUUCAACGCCUUCCACCCGGACACGCGGAAGCCGAUGCACAGGGAAUGCGGCUUCAUCCGUCUGGAGCCAGACACCAACAAGGUGGCCUUCGUCAGUGCGCAGAACACAGGCAUCGUGGAGGUGGAGGAGGGCGAGGUGAAUGGGCAGGAGCUGUGCAUCGCGUCGCACUCUAUCGCCAGGAUCUCCUUCGCCAAGGAGCCGCACGUGGAACAGAUUACCCGAAAAUUCAGGCUGAAUUCUGAAGGCAAACUUGAACAGACAGUCUCCAUGGCGACCACUACCCAGCCCAUGACUCAGCAUCUUCACAUCACCUAUAAGAAGGUGACCCCAUGACUCAGCGGAGCUUCGUCCUGGCCAAGGGUGUCCUGUCGUGACACGCGGUUUCUCAGACGCUGCAGCAGGUGUGGGUGUGGCCACAGGUCUCGCAGGUUUGAAGGCGUCACCUGUGAUCCCGUGACUCGUAGAAAAACCAAAUAAAAGGCUUUUAUUUUUA